GCCUUUGUAUAAAAUUAGGCCACUUUUUAAAAACAAAAUAUUCAAAAUAUAAAGUAUUUUCUCACGUAUGUAAAGUGUCGUUUGUUUACAACAGGAGGAAGCUUGUCCAUCUCAGUUGCGGUUUAUCUGUCGACUGUGAACUUUUGUAUGUGAGGGAAGUUUUUCCCUCGUUUUCUCUGGAAAGGAAUUGCGGUGCAGAAGAAUUAAUACGCUCCAAAUUUGAAGUUGGUAAGGUAGAAUGAAUGUCUUCAAACAGUAAGAACCUCAGCAAAUUCAAAUUACUCCAUCUUUUCAAAAGCUUAAACCAUCUAAAGCAGAUUCACUCUUCCCUCAUCAUUCAUGACCUCUCACGGGACACCUUCUUUCUUACCAAACUCCUCCAUGCUCUUGCUGUCUAUCAUGCCUCCCAGCUCGCCUACUGUUCACUUCUGUUCCAACAAAUUGAAAAGCCCACCAUCUAUCAAUGGAAUACCAUUAUCAAAGGCUUCUCUAUCAGUUCUCAACCCCGUUUUUCUUUUGUUUUCUAUACAAGAAUGCGCCAAAACGGUGUAUGUCCAGAUAAACACACAUUUCCUUUACUUUUCAAGUCGUUUUCAAAGUUGAAAAAUGAAAACCCAUUUCAGUUUUAUACUCAUAUUGUUAAGUACGGAUUGGAAUUUAACAAUUUUGUUAGAAAUUCUUUGAUCACUGCUUUAGCAACCGGUGGUUAUAUUGCGUCUGCACGUCAAGUGUUUGAUGAAAGUCCACAAAGAGAUUCCAUUACUUGGACUGCGAUGAUUGAUGGGUAUACUAGAAAUGGUUUUCCUGCUGAAGGACUAAAGUGUUUCAAGCAGAUGAGAUCAAUGGGUUUGAAGGUCGACGAGGUAACCGUUGUAAGUGCUCUUAGUGCAGCUGGAAUGACUGGUGAUAUUUGGUUUGGGAGAUGGGUUCAUGGGUUUUAUGUAGAACAAUUAAGAGUGAAAUGCGAUGUUUUUGUUGGCAGUGCUCUUGUAGAUAUGUACUCAAAAUGCGGUUAUUAUGAUGAAGCCCGUAGAGUUUUUGAUGUAAUGCCGAUAAAAAAUGUUGUUUCUUGGAGUGCAUUGAUAGCUGGUUAUGUGCAAUGCAAUAGGUUCAAAGAUGCAUUACUUCUCUUUCAAGACAUGCUAAUGGCUGAUGUAAGACCUAACCAAUCUACUUUGACUUGUGUUCUCACUGCUUCUGCCCAACUUGGCGCGUUGGAUCAAGGAAGGUGGGUGCAUCAUUAUAUAGAUAGGAAUUUUUUAGGAAUGAAUUCAAUAACUGGAACGGCACUAAUAGACAUGUAUGCAAAGUGUGGUUGUGUUGGUGAGGCUCUUCUGGUUUUUCAUAAGUUGCCAGUGAAAAAUGUGUACACUUGGACUGCCAUGAUUAAUGCGUUGGCAAUGCAUGGGGAUGCCUUAAGCGCCUUGAAUCUCUUCUAUCGCAUGUCAAGUAGUGGAGUUCAACCAAAUGGAGUUACCUUCAUUGGUGUACUUAGUGCCUGUGCUCAUGGAGGUCUUGUAGACGAGGGACGUAGAUUGUUUGAGAUGAUGAGACAUAUAUAUCAUCUGGAGCCAAAUGUUGAUCAUUAUGGUUGUAUGGUUGAUCUACUUGGUCGGGCAGGGUACUUAGAUGAAGCAAGAAAAUUGAUUGAAGAAAUGCCAAUGGAGCCUACACCCGGUGUAUGGGGAGCUUUGUUUGGUGCAUGUAUGAUCCACAAGGCCUUUGAUUUAGGAGAAUAUGUGGGCAAACAUUUAAUCCGCCUUCAGCCUAAUCAUAGUGGUCGAUAUGCGCUUUUAGCAAACAUGUACUCAGCAUAUGAUAGAUGGGAUGCUGCUGCAUAUGUAAGGAAGAUUAUGAAAGGAAAAGGCAUUGAGAAGAAACCUGGAUUUAGCUGGAUAGAAGUGAAUGGCUUAAUCCACGAGUUCAUCGCCUUUGAUGGAUCUCAUUCUGAAUCUAGUUAUUUAUAUGAGAUGUUAGACAACAUCAUGGUUCAGUUGAAGCUUGCUGAUCAUCUGCAAGAAACUAUGUUAUUGACAGCCGAGACUGAAUGAACAAACUAGGUAAACAAUUUUUUAUUCUUAAAUUUUAGGUGAGCUCUGGAUAUCAAAAUCAAAUUAAUUCAAGAAACUUGAACUGAAAUACUUAAUCUUUGGCUUACACUA